UUUCACGACAUGCAGCUCUGGGACCGAGCCUCGGUCGAGGUCCACAUUCCCGAAGCAACUUUCCAGAAUUGGCUCAGUGACAUUCCCAGUUCCGGAGAUGAGGAGGAUACCCGGAAAUUCAGGAAGCUGUUGUUGUUCUCCGGGAACGACUAUCUGGGCUUGAGUUCACAUCCCACCAUUGGAAAUGCUGCUGCUAAGGCAGCUCAAGAACAUGGGAUGGGCCCAAGGGGGUCUGCUUUGAUCUGUGGAUAUACCGAUUACCAUAGGCGACUGGAGUCAUCCUUAGCAGACUUGAAGAAGAAAGAGGAUUGCCUUCUUUGUCCUACAGGCUUUGCAGCCAAUAUGGCCUUGAUGGUAGUGUUGGGAAAUAUUGGCUCUCUCUUGGCUGCUGGAAAAACACCUUUAACUAAUGAAAAGAUUGCCAUAUUUUCUGAUGAACUGAACCAUGCAUCAAUUAUUGAUGGUAUUCGUCUUGCUGAACGACAAAAAUCUGUACAGAUAUUCAUCUAUAGACAUUGUGACAUGAUUCACCUUAAUGCAUUGUUAUCCAGUUGCACAAUGCAGAAGAAAGUUGUUGUGACUGACAGCUUGUUUAGUAUGGAUGGUGACUUUGCACCAAUGAUUGAGCUGGUGAAGCUACGCAAGCAGCAUGACUUUCUGUUAGUCAUUGAUGAUGCUCAUGGAACCUUUGUUUGUGGAAAAAAUGGUGGUGGAGUGGCUGAGGAAUUCCAUUGUGAAAAAGAUGUUGACAUAUGUGUUGGUACUUUGAGCAAGGCUGCAGGUUGCCAUGGCGGGUUCAUUGCAUGCAGCAAAAGAUGGAAGCAACUCAUACAGUCACGAGGACGCUCCUUUAUAUUUUCAACUGCUACACCGUUACCGAUUGCUGCUGCGGCUCAUGCUGCAGUUAUUGUUGCAAGAAAGGAAACAUGGCGUAGAAGGGCAAUUUGGAGUCGGGUGCAAGAUUUUCGUGCUCUGACUGGAAUUCCGAUAAACAGUCCAAUAAUAUCUCUUAUCGUUGGGAGUGAACAGAAGGCUUUGCAAGCAAGCCGGCGUUUGUUGAAAUCAGGUUUCCAUGUGACUGCAAUCAGACCGCCAACAGUGCCACCCAACUCGUGCAGGCUACGAGUGACUUUGAGUGCAACACACACAAGGGCUGAUAUUGAGAGGUUCACAACUGCACUCUCCAAUUGUGUUAAUUUCCAAGAAAUCGGCAUCCAUGGCUCCAAUGGAUAUGCAAGGCUUUAG